AGUGUGGCAUGUAAAUAGCGGGGAAAAGGCGCUGCCUUUAGUCGUGAAAAUAGGCGCGACUCCUCCACCACACCACUUUCUUCUAGUUUUGUCUACGAGGGUUCCUUUCUUCAAGGGAGGUGGUGGUGGGGGUGGCACUGGUGGCGGCCAUGGAGGGCUCUUCUUCUCCAUCGUCUGAUUCAAAUCCAUCAUCUAAUGGCGCUUCAAAGUUCCUCUCCAACCUUCCCUCUCGCGGCCUCUUCUCCUCCACCGUUCUCUCUUCAAAUCCGGGUGGAAUGCGAGUUUAUGUAUGCGUCCAUGACACAUCCCCCCCAGAUGGACAACAGAUCAUGACAAAUCAACAGAACAUAUUGAUUAGAUCGCUUACGCUUAGGAACAAGAAAGGUGAUUCCAGUUCAAAGGAUGUGAAAAGUGCAGGUGCAACUGAAAGUUCUAGAAAGAGGACUGCCGAAAGAACUUUGGAUAGCAGGGCUUCUGCAAAAAAAGCUAGUAGUCAAAGCAGCAGUUCUCGACAAGAGGGAUCAAGCGGCCAGGCAUCAAAUAAGGAUUUCCAAGGUCUGACUGUAGAGAGGCUUCGUGCACUUCUGAAGGCCAAAGGGCUUUCUUUAAAGGGAAAGAAGGAGGAACUGAUCGCCCGCCUCAAAGGUGCUAGUGGUUAAGCAUAAUGUAGAAAGGGGACCCAGGGAAGCAGUUGGGGAAGAGAUUAGAGUGUGUUCACGUAUCCUCUCUCUGGUUUUGUAGUCACCCAGGGGCAGUAAGUGACUUUUCUUCAUUUUGAUGGAAUGUAGGGAUGGUUUAGACUGGAUUUGUCCAUAAUUUGAACAUAAAGAAGAGAGGUUUUAUGGUUUAGACUGGUUUAGACAAAAAAUUACAUUUUGUAUAAUUUUGUGUUCUUAAAGUAUUAUUCUGCUUCACUCACUUUAUUAUGAACUUGAAAUGAUGGAUAGAAGGGACAAUUAGUAA